CUAAAUACAACUCAAGACACACACCAAAAAAAAUAAAAUAAAAUAAAAAAAUGUUGAAGCCCUUGUUACAAGCACAAAACCACUCCCCCUCCCUCUUCUUUACCUCAUCCCUCAAUCCAAUUAUAUACCCAAUCACAAUCCCGAAACCGCGAUAUACGCGGUCGCAAUCGUGUCUAAGCCGUCGUCGAGAGGCGACUCUGAGGGCUCUUCGGGUGCGCUGCGAGGCUGCAAAUGAGGAGGCGGCAAGAUCUGCGGCGCCGGCAGCAAUGGCGACGAAGAGCCCCGCAAAGGUGAAAGUGGUCGUGACGGUGCAGUCGACUGUCGGCGGAGCCCUCUCGAACGUCGGCCUCGCCCGCGGCCUCGACGACAUCGCCGACUUGCUGGGGAAGACCCUCCUCUUAGAGCUUGCGAGCUCUGAGCUCGAUCCAAGAACGGGGUUGGAGAAGGAGACCAUAGCGGGCUACGCUCACAAAGCAAGCCAACAUUGUGACAAGGUCAAGUAUGAAGGCGAGUUCUCGGUCCCUUCGACGUUCAGAGAAGUAGGCGCGGUGGUGGUGGAGAACGAACACCACAAGGAGAUGUAUCUCCACGACAUCGUGCUCACCACUGCUGGCGACGACGCCACCUCCCUCACCAUCGAUUGUAGGUCGUGGGUGCACUCCAAAUUUGAUAACCCUGAGAAGAGGGUCUUCUUUACUAGCAAGUCCUACUUGCCUUCUCAAACCCCACCGGGGCUCGAGAGGCUGAGGAAGAAAGAGCUGGCGAACAUGCGAGGGGAUGGCACGGGGGAACGGAAGCCAUUCGAGAGGAUAUACGACUACGACACAUACAAUGAUCUUGGCGAUCCCGACAAAGGCCAGGACAUGGCAAGGCCCGUCCUUGGAGACAGCAAAGAGUUGCCUUAUCCGCGUCGAUGCCGCACCGGUCGCCCUAGAACCAAGAAAGACCCACUUUCAGAAGAACGAAGCAGCAGCGUAUACGUCCCGAGGGACGAAGCCUUCUCCGAGGUUAAGGGACUGACAUUCUCGGCGAAGGCCUUUAAAUCUGUACUCCAUGCAGUCGUCCCCUCGAUCGAGACGGCGAUCAUCGACACGAAGCUCGGUUUCCCCUACUUCACAGCCAUUGAUUCACUGUUCAAUGAGGGUGUCAAACUCCCUAAGCAAGAGGGUCUUAGCUUCUUCCGCACCGUAAUACCGCGGGUCAUCAAGGCCUUCGAGGACAGCACCGACAACGUUCUUCUCUUCGAGGCUCCAGAGAUGAUCGAUCGAGACAAGUUUGCAUGGUUCAGAGAUGAGGAGUUCUCUAGGCAAACUCUAGCAGGGCUCAAUCCAUUUAGCAUUCAACUUGUCACAGAGUUCCCUUUUGUCAGCAAACUUGAUCCUGAGGUUUAUGGUCCAGCAAAAUCUGCUAUCACUGCAGAACUUAUAGAGAGAGAAAUUUUGGGUGUCAUGACUGUGGAGGAGGCCCUUAAGAAAAAAAGGUUGUUCGUGCUGGACUACCACGACCUGCUGCUACCGUAUGUGCAUAAGGUGCGCGGGCUGGAAGACACGACCUUGUACGCCUCCCGCACCGUCUUUUUUCUCACCAGCGACGAGACGUUGAUGCCGAUCGCCAUCGAACUCACCCGCCCGGCCUCCCCUACGAAACCUCAAUGGCAGCAAGUCUUCGGCCGCAGCUGGGAUGCCACGGGUGCAUGGCUCUGGAGGCUCGCCAAAGCGCACGUCUGCUCCCACGACGCUGGCUACCACCAGCUUGUCAUCCACUGGCUGAGAACUCACUGCUGCACAGAGCCGUAUAUAAUCGCGGCGAACCGACAGCUGAGUGCGAUGCACCCGAUCUACCGCUUGCUGCACCCGCACUUCCGGUACACUAUGGAGAUCAACGCAAUGGCGCGGGAGUCCCUCAUCAACGCCGGCGGCGUCAUCGAAUCCUGCUUCUCCCCGGGCAAGUACUCCGCCGAGCUCAGCGCAGCCGCUUACGGCAAGCUUUGGCGGUUCGACAUGGAGGCCCUGCCGGCUGACCUAAUCCGAAGGGGAAUGGCGGUGGAGGAUCCGACGGCGGAGCACGGCCUAAGGCUGACGAUAAAUGACUACCCGUUCGCGAACGACGGCCUACUGAUAUGGUCUUCGAUCAAGGAGUGGGUCGGCGAUUACGUCAACCGCUACUACCCGACGGCGGCCGACGUGACGGCGGACCACGAGCUGCAGGCCUGGUGGGAGGACGUCCGGACGAAAGGCCACGCGGACAAGAAGGACGAGCCGUGGUGGCCGACGGUGGCAUCGCCGUCGGAACUAACCCAAGUUCUCACAACCAUAAUCUGGGUGACCUCGGGCCACCACGCCGCCGUGAACUUCGGGCAGUACCACUUCGGCGGAUACUUCCCCAACCGGCCGACCGUCGCGCGGAAGAACAUGCCGGUCGAGGACAUGGGCGGCACGAGCCACGAGGACUUCGCGCGGUUCUUGCGAAAGCCGGAGGCGGCGCUGCUGGAGUGCUUCCCGUCGCAGAUCCAGGCGACGAAAGUGAUGUCCGUGCUGGACGUGCUGUCGACGCACUCGCCGGACGAGGAGUACCUCGGGCAGGAGCCGGAGCCGGCCUGGGCGGCCGACGCGGUGGUGAACGCGGCGUUCGAGAGGUUCAACGGCAGGAUGCGGGAGAUCGAGGGGAUAAUCGACGCGCGGAACGCCGACCCGAAGCUGAAGAACCGGUGCGGCGCGGGAAUAGUGCCGUAUGAGCUCUUGAGGCCCUCCUCCAAACCAGGAGUGACAGGGAUGGGCGUUCCAAAUAGCAUCUCCAUUUGAACAACAAUAUUUAACAAACAAAUCAUGCAUGCACCCAAUAAUUAAUGUUGUAGCUAGCGCAUGCAUUAAUUAAUGGUUGAGUGAGGUAUAUAUAUUACACUAGCUGAGUAAAUAAAAGAACAUUACUUUGCGAGUUCGUCGAUAAAA